AUGUACAUCGAAAUUUUGGGUUUCAACAUCGAUGAUAAAACAAUGAUGUUUAUGAACGAUAAAUCGAUGUUUGAAGAAAAUCGAUAUUUCGCUUGCAUCCUUACGAACAAUUUAUCUGCUGAACCGUUGGCUUGGCAGUUUGGCAGUUGCACGAACACGAAUUUCCCGCCUAAACUACAAAACUACGAAAAAUUUUAUUAUAUUGAUGCUGAGCUGUUAUGCUAUCGUGGAUAUUUGUUUGUCAGAUUCAUCAAGUUCUAUGCCUAUUGCAAUAUGUCUCUUCGAAAUGUGGAAAUAAAAGCUAAAAUAACAGAUUACGAUAAUAUUUGCAAAGUGGCUGAGGAAUUAAGUGGAAAAUCGGCAACGUUGAUAAAACAAGAUGAUACAUUUUAUAAUGUUAACGAAGGCCGGUUAAAGCUGAGGACAUUCGAGGAUGCCUCGGCGACUCUUGUGCGGUACGAUCGUGUUGAUGAAGGGGGACCAAAGCUUAGUAACUAUGAGUUACUUCAAUUUGAUAGUGAGCAAGCUAAAUUAUUAGACACUAUGUUAAAGAAAUGUUUAGGAAUUCGCGGCAGAGUUGUGAAGGAACGAAAAUUAUACAUGGUUGACCAAACUCGUAUACACAUAGACACUGUGCACGACCUUGGUCAUUUUAUGGAACUAGAAGUGGUACUAAGAAGAGAACAGACAUUAGAAGAGGGUCAAAAAAUUGCUAAAGAUCUGCAAACAAAACUUGGAGUUAAAGAUGAGGAUCUUAUUGAGUGUGCCUAUGUAGACUUAUUAGAUAAAAAGAAUAAUUAA